AUGGCUCAAGCCUACCGCGAUGCGCUCGAGCGCACCGUCCAAGAGCUCAAAUCAAGGCGCGACGAGAAACGACUACACGCCGCCGAGAGUCUGCUACACGAAGUCGAAGCCGCACAUAGAGAACUGUCGGCCGCGCAAUUCACUCCCUACUAUGUCGAGGUCAACAAACGCAUCGCCGAACUCAUCCAGAAUGGCGCUGAUACACACGAACGAAUUGGCGGUCUCUACGCUCUUUCCCAGCUUAUCGACUUCAAGGGUGAUGAUGCCGCUCAAAAGACGACGCGCUUCCAUACCGUCCUACGCAAGGUCAUGUCUGGCAACGACACAGCUGCUAUGGUUGUCGCUGCAAAGACUCUCGGUCAUCUUGUCUCGCCUGGAGGAACUCUUACCGCCGAACUGGUUGAUGCUGAAGUCAAAGUCGCCCUUGAGUGGUUGCAGAUCGAGCGAAAUGAGAACCGCCGAUUCUCUGCCGUUUUGAAUUUGUACGAGCUUGCAAAGAGCUCGCCCACCCUCUUGCACGUAUGGAUACCCGACAUUUUCGAAGUCAUCUGGGUCGCUCUUCGCGAUCCCAAGGUCAUGAUCCGCGAGUCGGCCGCCAACACCAUCAGUCAAUGUUUCGAAAUUCUUAUGGCCAGAGAUCCUCAGCAACGGCAGAAAUGGUUGACAAGAACAUAUGAAGAGAUAGACAAAGGUUUCCAACACAAUACGGUCGAGGCUAUCCAUGGCUCCCUGCUCGCUCUAAAGGAACUGCUGCAGAAGGGCGGUAUGUUCAUGCACGGCCCUCGCUACAAGGAAGCUUGCGAGCGCAUCUUGUCAUACCGCGAGCAUCGUGACCCUCUCAUUCGCCGUGAGGUCGUCUACAUCAUCCCCAUCCUGGCCAGGUACGCACCAAAAGAAUUCUGUAAUGGUUACAUCCAUCGCUCCAUGUCACAUCUCCAAGGCCUUCUCAAAUCCCCGAAGGAUCGAAAUCUGUCGUUCAUCGCCAUCGGAAACGUCGCAAAUGCCGUCGGCAGCCAGAUCGCUCCUUAUCUCGACAACAUCCUCCUUCACAUUCGCGAAGCCCUCAGCGUCAAGGCACGUAUCAAGAACACUGAUGAAGCUCCUAUCUUCAAGUGUAUCAGCAUGAUUUCGAUCGCUGUUGGUCAGACUCUGAGCAAGUACAUGGAAGCUUUGCUCGACCCAAUCUUUGCCUGCGGUCUGAGUGAUGCUCUUACACAAGCACUCGUUGACAUGGCCCACUAUAUCCCUCCAGUCAAGCCAAUCAUCCAGGAGAAAUUGCUUGACCUAUUGAGCAUGACUCUAUGCGGAAAGCCAUUCGUUCUACCAGGCCACCCUAGUCACAGCACGCCUUUGCCCCGAAUCUUUACCAGAGAAGUCAGAGAUCAAAAUGAUCCUCAACAUGUUGAACACAAAGAGCAGCAAAUCGCGCUGGCUCUAUAUACUUUAGGCAGCUUCGACUUCUCUGGUCACGUUCUCAAUGAGUUCGUUAGAGACGUUGCCAUUCGCUAUGUGGAAGAUGACGAUGCCGAGAUUCGCAAAGCAGCGGCGUUGACCUGUUGUCAGUUGUUCGUUAGAGACCCGAUUGUCUAUCAGACCAGCCACUACUCGAUACAAGUAGUCAGCGAUGUGAUUGAGAAGCUUCUGACUGUUGGAGUUGCUGAUCCAGAAGCUGAAAUCCGAAGAACGGUCCUAGCCUCGCUAGAUGCUCGCUUCGACCGUCACCUUGCGAAGGCUGAGAAUGUUCGCACGCUCUUCCUUGCACUUAACGACGAGAUUUUUGGCAUUCGGGAGGCUGCCAUGACCAUUAUUGGCCGUCUUACUGCUGUCAAUCCGGCUUAUAUCUUCCCUUCUCUGCGCAAGGUGUUGAUUCAGUUAUUGACUGAAAUCGAAUACUCGAACAAUGUCAGAAACAAGGAGGAAAGCGCACGAUUGAUCAGUCAUCUCGUCGGCUCGUCUUCGAAGCUGAUCAAGCCAUAUGUUGAUCCUAUGAUUACUGUGCUCUUGCCAAAAGCUCAAGAUCCCAAUCCUGAUGUGGCACCCGCCACUCUGAAAGCAAUAGGUGAUCUGGCCACUGUCGGUGGCGAUGAGAUGGUGAAGUACGUUCCUGAAUUGAUGAAAGUCAUAAUUGAGAGCCUCCAGGAUUUGAGCUCAGCCGGUAAAAGACGAGCAGCUUUGAGGACGCUUGGACAACUUGCCAGUAACUCAGGCUACGUGAUUGAUCCCUACGUGGAACACCCUGAGCUCCUAUCAAUUCUAGUACAGAUCGUCAAGAAUGAGCCACCAGGCGAACUGCGCAAGGAGACGAUUCGACUCAUGGGUAUUCUUGGUGCUCUGGAUCCGUACAGGCAUCAGGUUAUGGAGCAAUCCUCGGUGAACCAUCUUGUCACAGACUCACAGACAGUUACUGAUGUUGGUCUCAUUAUGCAAGGAACCACUCCUUCGAACGAGGAAUACUAUCCUACGGUUGUCAUCAACACUCUCCUGGACUUGCUCAAGGAACCCACUCUGGCGCAACAUCAUGCUGCUGUGGUUGAAGCUGUUAUGAGUAUCUACAGAACAAUGCGCUUGAAAUGUGUCAAUUUCCUGGGUCUAGUCGUCCCGGGCAUACUCCUUGUUAUCCGCACCUCACCAGCGGGUAACAUCGAGAAGUACUUCAAUAACCUCAGCGAGCUGGUAGAGAUCGUUCGACAACACAUCAGACCUUAUCUGCCAGAAAUUCUUGCAACAGUGCAAGACUUCUGGGCAGACAACUCGCCAUACCAGGCGACAAUGCUUGCACUUAUCGAGUCCAUCGCACAAUCUCUCGAGGGCGAGUUCAAGAUAUACCUUGCCAAUGUGCUUCCUCUGAUGCUUGGUGUACUUGAUCACGACGUUACGCCUAGACGCUUGCCGUCUGAACGAGUGUUGCACGCUUUCCUUGUCUUUGGUUCGAGUGCCGAGGAGUAUAUGCACUUGAUCAUUCCUGUCAUUGUUCGUAUGUUCGAAAAACCAGGUCAGCCAGCGCAUAUCCGCAAGCUUGCUAUCGAGACUAUUGGCAAGCUCUCACGACACGUCAACAUCUCUGAGUUUGCUGCCAAGAUUAUCCACCCUCUUUCGCGAGUUUUGGCAGGUCAAGAGACUGGACUCAAGCAGACUGCUUUGGACACUCUGUGCGCCCUCAUCUUCCAGCUUGGCCCUGAUUACAUUCACUUCAUACCGACCAUCAACAAGAUACUGGUGGCUCACAAAGUCCCUCAUACUAACUAUGCCUUAAUCGUCAGCAAGUUGCAGAAGGGAGAGCCAUUACCGCAAGACUUGAGUCCAGACGAGCGAUACAAAACCUCUGCCUCGGAAGAAGUGCAAAGAGGCGUUGACAAUCGCAAGCUAGCAGUCAACCAACAACAUCUCAAGAUUGCUUGGGCGGCCAAUGCCAAAUCUACCAAGGAAGAUUGGCAAGAGUGGAUGAGACGAUUCAGUUUGGAACUGCUUAAGGAAUCGCCUCAAAAUGCCUUGAGGUCGUGCUCGCAGCUGGCUAGUUCCUACCCUCCUCUUGCAAGGCAACUCUUUAACUCUGCCUUUGUGUCAUGUUGGACAGAGCUUUACGACCAUUACCAGGAGUCCUUGGUUCGCUCGAUUGAGACCGCUUUGACUUCACCGCACAUUCCUCCUGAGAUUCUACAAGUACUUCUGAACCUUGCUGAAUUCAUGGAGCAUGACGACAAAGCUCUUCCAAUUGAUGUUCGUACACUUGGCAUGUACGCAGGCAAGUGUCACGCCUUCGCAAAAGCACUUCACUACAAGGAGCUCGAGUUCAAUGCAGAGCAAAAUGCCAGUAACGUUGAGGCUCUAAUCAGUAUCAACAACCAACUUCAACAGACUGAUGCCGCCUUCGGUAUUCUGCGUAAGGCGCAAGGCUACGUGGACGUCCAGAUGAAGGAAACAUGGUUCGAGAAGUUGCAACGUUGGGAAGAGGCAUUAACAGCGUACCAACGCCGUGAACGUGAUGAACCGGAUUCAUUCGAGGUCAUCAUGGGCAAGAUGCGCUGUCUUCAUGCUCUUGGUGAAUGGGAGGUACUUUCCUCGCUUGCUCAGGAGAAGUGGAUGCACGCUUCUUCAGAGAAUCGCAAGUCUAUUGCUGCUCUCGCCGCCGCUGCUGCCUGGGGUAUGGGUCAGUGGGAGCUCAUGGACGGCUACCUAUCUGUCAUGAAACUCCAUUCGCCCGAUCGUUCCUUCUUCGGAGCUAUUCUCUCAAUCCACCGCAAUCAAUUCGACGAUGCACAGCUUCACAUUAAUAAAUCAAGAGAAGGCUUGGACACCGAACUUAGUGCACUCCUCGGCGAAUCAUACACGAGAGCAUACAGUGUCAUUGUUCGCGUGCAAAUGCUUGCCGAGUUGGAGGAGAUCAUUGCAUACAAGCAAAGCUCCAGUGACCCUCACAAGCAGGAGCGCAUGCGGUUGACCUGGACCAAGCGUCUCAAGGGAUGUCAGAAGAACGUCGAGGUUUGGCAGAGAAUGCUCAAGGUGCGUGCCUUGGUCAUCUCGCCUCCCGAGAAUGCAGAGAUGUACAUCAAGUUUGCCAGCAUUUGCAGAAAGGCACAAAGGAAUGGCCUGGCUGAGAAGUCACUCAACUCUCUUCUUGGUUGGCAAGGUAGUCUCAUGACACCGGAAGGUCAGGAGCGUACCCUCCACGCACCAUACCCGGUCCAGUACGCCGUCUAUAAGUAUAUGUGGUCGAAUGGAUAUUCCUCAGGUGCCUUGACAGGUCUAAGAGACUUUACAGAAAGACUGCGUAUGGACUACGAACAACGAUCAUUGGCUGUCACAAAUCCUGGCACUAAUGGUAUGAAUGGCAUGAACGGUACCAAUGGUGUCAAUGGCACACAAUUCCCUGCAGCUGGUGUCAGCCCUCAGGUCUCUGAGAAGGAUAUGGCUCAGUUGGCCGACUGGCAGAAGUUGCUUGCUAGAUGUUAUCUCAAACAAGGUGACUGGCUCAGUCUGCAGAUGCGCGGAGAGUGGGAUGCCCACCGAGUACACGAGAUAAGAUCCUCGUACAAGGCCGCUACCCACUAUAACCAAGAUUGGUACAAAGCGUGGCACGCUUGGGCACUCGCGAACUUUGAAGUCGUUACCGCUCUCACAGCAAAUAAGGACAGAGGAGAAGCCGAUGGCAUGCAAAGACGAUACAUUCACGACUACGUUGUUCCUGCCAUUCAAGGAUUCUUCAAGUCGAUUGCACUUUCUUCUUCAAGCUCGUUGCAAGAUACAUUGCGUCUGUUGACAUUGUGGUUCAAUCAUGGCGAGCAUCAAGAAGUUACCUCGGCAGUCACGCAAGGUGUGACUACUGUGAGUAUCGACACAUGGCUCGAGGUCAUUCCUCAGCUGAUCGCUCGUAUCAACCAACCAAACAGACUGGUCAAGGAAUCAAUCCAUCAUUUGCUAUGCGAAGUCGGACGGGCUCACCCGCAAGCACUUGUGUAUCCAUUGACUGUCUCCAUCAAAUCAGAAGACAGAGAUCGCUCAAGAGCUGCGAAGGACAUCAUGGCUGCCAUGGAGCAACACAGUCCCAACCUCUGCAGACAGGCAGCUGUUGUCAGUCAUGAGUUGAUCCGUAUUGCGGUGCUCUGGCAUGAGCAGUGGCACGAGGGUCUUGAAGAAGCGUCCAGACUGUACUUUGGUGACCACGACAUCGAUGGUAUGCUUCGCACUCUCGAACCACUACAUCGCAUGCUUGACGAGGGACCUGAAACUCUGCGUGAAAUAUCAUUUAUCCAGAGCUUCGGACGUGACCUCGCGGAAGCUAGAGAUUGGUGCAACAACUUCAAGCGCACAAAUGAGGUCGGCGAUCUCAACCAAGCCUGGGAUCUCUACUAUGGCGUCUUCAAGAGAAUUGCUAGACAACUGCCUCAGCUUGCCAACCUUGAGCUGCAAUAUGUUUCACCCAAGCUCAAGAAUGUUCAUGAUCUUGAGCUUGCUCUGCCCGGUACCUACAAGAGUGGCAAAGAGAUCAUUCGCAUUCUUUCAUUCGACCCAUCGUCGACAGUCAUUCAGUCCAAGCAGCGACCAAGAAAGCUUACCGUCACUGGCAGUGACGGCGGUACCUACCAAUACCUGCUCAAGGGUCACGAAGAUAUUCGCCAAGAUGAACGCGUCAUGCAACUCUUCGGUCUUGUCAACACUCUGCUUUCACAUGAUCCCGAGUCUCUGAAGCGCCACCUCAACAUCCAGCGUUACGCAGCCAUUCCUCUAUCGACGCAGUCUGGUUUGCUCGGAUGGGUACCCAACAGCGACACCUUGCAUGUUCUCAUCCGGGACUACCGUGAGAGUCGUAAGAUCCUUCUCAACAUCGAACACCGUAUCAUGCUUCAAAUGGCACCCGACUACGACAACCUCACGCUUAUGCAAAAGGUGGAAGUGUUCGGCUAUGCACUCGAUAACACGACUGGCCAAGAUCUAUAUCGUGUCUUGUGGCUGAAGAGUAAGAGUUCAGAAGCUUGGCUUGAGCGCCGCACGAACUACACACGCUCGCUUGCAGUCAUGUCAAUGGUCGGCUACAUUCUGGGUCUCGGCGACCGUCAUCCAUCGAAUUUGAUGCUUGACCGCAACACUGGCAAGAUCAUUCAUAUCGAUUUCGGUGAUUGUUUCGAAGUCGCCAUGCAUCGCGAGAAAUAUCCCGAACGUGUUCCUUUCCGUCUCACGCGUAUGCUCACCUUCGCCAUGGAAGUCUCAAACAUCGAAGGUAGCUUCCGCACCACCUGUGAACAUACCAUGCGUGUUCUUCGUGAGAACAAGGAGUCACUCAUCGCUGUGCUCGAAGCCUUCAUUCACGAUCCUUUGCUCACUUGGCGUCUGGGUAACAAGAACUCACCUCCCGAGCCAUCAUUCCCAUCCGAACGUCGCACAUCAAUCAUCGGCGAUCUGGAUGCUGCGCCUCGCAGUACACCAGGUGGACGUAAGCGAGCACCACCCGGUGGAGAAAACGUCCCUGGCGAAGGCAAAGAGGUUCAAAAUGCCAGAGCGCUGCAAGUCCUUGCCCGCGUCAAGGAGAAGCUCACUGGUAGAGACUUCAAGAAGGAUGUCGAGUUGGCCGUCGAAGAGCAAGUCGAGAAGUUGUUGUCUGAAGCAACGAAUCUCGAGAACUUGUGUCAGCAUUAUGGUGGUUGGUGCAGUUUCUGGUAG